AUGAAGGCUGCCCUGGUAGCUGGACUGCUGCUGAUCAGCAUCGCCAGCAUCAACGCCGCCACCGAUCGCAUCGUGUGCUAUUUUGGCAGCUGGGCUACCUACCGGAUCGGCAAUGGCAAGUUUGAUGUGGAAGACAUCAACCCGAACCUGUGCACGCACAUCAUGUACACCUUCGUUGGGUUGGACACGAAGGGUAACGUCAAGAUCCUGGAUAGCUGGCUCGACGUUAGCCUCGGUGGGUAUUCCCGGUUCGUGCAACUGAAGCAACGCAACCCGUCCGUCAAGUUGAUGGUGUCGAUCGGUGGCUGGAACGAGGGUUCAUCUGCCUACUCCAACAUGGUCAACUCCGACCUGCUGCGUGCCGUGUUCGUCGAGUCUGCCGUCACCUUCGUCAAGCGUUACGGUUUCGACGGGUUCGACGUGGACUGGGAGUACCCGACACUCCGUGGUGGUUCCGUCGACGAUCGCGUUGGUUUCGUGAAGCUUCUGCGCGAUCUACGGGCCCGCUUUGAUCGGGAAGGAUUGCUGCUCUCCAUUGCUACGGCUGCCACUGCGGACUACCUCCGGUCGGCUUAUGACGUGAUCGAGAUCAACAAGUACGUGGAUUUUGUCAAUCUAAUGACGUACGAUCUGCACGCCUACUGGGACGCCUCAACGGGUGCUAAUGCGCCCUUGUACCCGAAUCCAUGGGAAAAUGGCUUCACAACGAGCAUGCUGAAUGUGGAUGCGUGCGUUAAAGCGUGGUUAAACGCGGGCAUGGCUGCAUCGAAACUCAACCUUGGUGUGCCCGUUUUCGGGCACACGUUCAAGCUUUCCUCAACGGCUGAUACAAGCAUCGGAGCGCCCACCAUCGGACCGGGUGAUGCUGGACCAUACACACUUGAGCCGGGCAGUCUAUCCUACCUGGAGAUCUGCGAAAAACUUACCGCUGGUGGAUACACGCAAGCUUUCAGCAACGUGCAGCAGGUUCCGUACGCGUUCCGUGGCAAUCAGUGGAUAUCGUACGAUAACGCGUACUCGAUCGCACUGAAGGUGCAAUAUGCAAAGAGCAUGAACCUGGGCGGUGUCAUGGUGUGGUCGAUCGAGUCUGAUGAUGCGCGUGGUAUCUGCGGUGAAGGACAGCACCCGAUCACGGCCACGGUGUACAAGGAGGUGUUUGGUUCGGGAGGAACGACAUCGAGACCCAACACAACCACUACGUCAAUGAGACCAAGCACGACGACGACCCCGAGACCUGCCACGACCACGACGACCCCGAGACCUGCCACGACUACGACAACGUACAGACCACCGAGCAUUACUACCACGGUAGGACCCGCACCGAAGCUGGUGUGUCCUGCGAGUGGCUACCUGCGAGAUCCAACCAACUGCGCCCGAUUCUACCAGUGCUAUCCGGGACUGUUAAGGCUACAUAAGGUGUUCUGCAUUCUGAGUAACAGCGCGGCUUAUCGUAUGGGCAGCGGGAAAGUCACAAUCGAUGACGUCGACGCGAGACUCUGCACGCAUAUUAUCUACAACGCGCUCUCGCUUUCCGGAACCGGCAUGGUGAAGCCACUCGACACCUACACUGACAUCACGAACGGAGGUUUCUCGCGGUACCAGGCGUUAUGCCUGAAGAAUCCACACGUCAAGUGCCUGGUUGGGUUGGGUGAUGGCGCAGCCGGCUCGAAGGUGUUCUCGCGUGUCAUGAGCGAACCGGCGUUACGCCAGACGGCGGUCAGAUCGAUCAUGGAGUUCCUGCGCAAACAGUACCAGUUCGAUGGGCUGGAUUUCUACUGGCAGUACCCCGUUCUGAAGGGAGGCGAUCCUGAGGAUCGCACCAACUUCAUCGCCUUUCUGGCGGAGUUGUCGGCGAACACGCGCAUGGAGGGUCUGCUGCUGACGCUAUCCGUCGCACCCACGGAUGACUACUUCAUGUCGAGUUACGACGUACCGAGCAUGGUUCGAUUCGUGGACUAUUUCAACAUCGCGGCGUUCAACCUGCACAGCUACUGGGAUGGCAAAACGGGUCAUCAGGCGCCACUGUACGUUGCCGGUGAUGAGGUGACACACCACGAGCGUCAGCUCAAUGUGGACGCGAUCGUGACGGGUUGGAUCCAGGCCGGAGCACCAGCUAAUCGGUUGGUACUGGGCAUCACAGGCACUGCCAACGUGUUUAAGCUGAUAAAUCCAGCGGACAGUGACAUUGGCGCCCGUACGGCGGGUCGAGGCGAUGCAGGUCCUUACACCACGACCGAGGGCAUGAUGUCGUACCACGAGCUGUGUCUAGAGACGGCCCGGAGCGAUUGGGUUACGAUUCUGGACCGCAAGCAACAGGCGUACUAUACGCAUCAUGGAAACCUGUGGGUCACGUACGACGAGACGUCGAUCGUGCACCUGAAGGGAUCGUACAUCAUCACGCGUGGUUUGGCCGGGAUGGCACUGUUCGGGUUGGAAAAUGAUGACGUGCGUGGGGAGUGUGGUCGUGGUGCUUUUCCACUGCUGAACAGCGUCAAUGUGGGGUUGAAGAGGAGAAUCGAUGACAUGAGCACGGAGGUCACUACACCGACCACCACGACACUGAAACCAACGACCACUACAAAAACGGCGACCACCACGACACUGAAACCGACGACCACUACAAAACCGACGACUACCACGACACUGAAACCGACGACCACUACAAAACCGACGACUACCACGAGGGCCACUACCACGACAACGAAGGCACCAGCAACGUUUCCACUAACGUGUCCCAAGAACGGAUAUGUUCGUGACCCAAGUGACUGCGCCGUCUACUAUCGGUGCAUUCCGAACGGGUAA